UCUUUAUGUUCAUGUUAUGCCAUUUAAAGUUCGAUUGUUCGACAGUUGUUGCCGGACGGCCGGCAAGGCCCGGCCGUGGCCGCGCUGCCCGCACGCAGCGGUAGUAGUGCGCCGGCAGUCAGUGAUGCGUAAGUGGGUUUUGACCCCCGAUGACAAGAAGGGCCGAGAGCCAAGACAACCCGAGGAGGCUGAAAAUAGGGCCAAAACUACGCACGCAUGGCCUAAGAGACGGGUACGAGCUCUGCUGGGCACAACACGCGGGGAGCGGAGACACGGCGCGAACAGAACGGAGGCGGGCGGCGUGCGCGACAAGCGCGCGAUGGGCGAGGACGCGCCAAACAGCGCGAGAGCAAUUGGCGGGCGCGGUAAGCGCGCGCGUAGAAAGCCAACUCCCAGGAGUCCUAGGCGGGGCAAGAUUAGGCGACACCAGCGGGGGGAUGCACGCGCAGGUGAAGGCGGCACGAACGGGGAGCGCGCCCGGGCGGUGCGCGUGUGGCAGAGGCAAGGCGCGCGAUGCCUCGCGCGCCAAGGAAUAGGGAAACCGUGGGCGGCACGCGAAGGCGGUCCGCGUGAGGCGGUUUUGUGGCGUGCAAAAGACUUGGAAUUGUUUGGAGUGCAAGCCAAGCAAGAUCAAGACAUUCUA